AUGGAUCACUUAAAAGGUCGUGUGGCCGUGGUCACAGGCGCUAGCGCCGGCAUCGGGGCAGCAACAGCUAUUAAGCUGGUCAAGGCUGGCCUUACAGUGGUGGGAAUAGCUAGGAGGCUACAAAGACUUCAGGAUUUGAAAAAAACGAUGGAAGAAAAAAAUUUCAGUGGUCGGUUUUUUACAGUGGCGUGUGAUUUGACGAACGAAACAGACAUAUUGAACGCUUUCAAAUGGAUUGACGAAAAUAUUGGUGGUAUACAUUUUAUGAUCAACAACGCCGGAAUAAUAAGGAUAUCUAAACUUCUAGACGGUUUGACAGAACAUUGGCAAGAAUUAAUUAACUGUAAUGUAAUAGCACCUACAAUUUGUUCGAGGGAAGCUUAUAAACUGAUGAAGAAGUAUAACGUUAGUCAUGGACAUAUUAUACAAAUAAACAGUAUAACGGGCCAUUCGUAUUCAAUUAAUCCGGGCAACAAGAUGUACAAUGCGUCCAAACAGGCUCUUAGAGUGCUGACCGAAGGCCUCCGUCACGAAUUGGCCGUGGCCGGUGAUGGCCACAUCAAAGCUUCCAGCAUCAGUCCCGGUUUUGUUGACACAGAAAUAUUUGAUGCUGCCAAACAGACGCACAGUAAAAUGAAGGCGUCAGAAAUCCUGAGCGCAGAGGAAAUGGCCGAUAUGAUAUGUUUUGUCAUGUCAACCGGACCAAAUAUAUUGAUCGCUGAAAUGAUUGUGUUAAGCCAAGGUCGUUGCAUACAAUCGUACCCACGUGCAUAA